AUGGAUUUCUCUUGGGGAUUGGUUGUGAUGUGGGCCCUGUUACUGGAAUCAUUUAGUGGUGCUCUGGGUGGCAUCCUUUACCGUUUACCAGAAGAACAGCCACCAAGCACACUUAUUGGAAGCCUGGCAGCUGACCAGGGCCUGCCAGACUCUGGACACUUGUACAAGCUGGAGGUCGGUGCUCCCUAUCUACGAGUGGAUGGGAAGACGGGAGACAUCUUCACGACUGAAAUUCCCAUUGAUAGAGAGACCUUGAAGGACUGCCGUAAUCAAGGAAAGCCAUGCUUCCUGGAGUUUGAGGUGUCUGUCACAGACCUGAUUCAGAAUCAGAGCCCUCGACUGAUUGAGGGGCGUAUCGAGAUUCUGGACAUCAAUGACAACACUCCGCAGUUUCCCUCUCCCGUCCUCACCCUUUCUGUCCCUGAAAAUACUCACAUGGGUGCACUUUUCUCAAUCCCACUUGCCACAGACAAAGACACUCAGAGGAAUGGAGUAGCUGACUACGCCCUAACUGCCGGACCAGAGGCUGUGACGCUCUUUGGUCUGCAGGUGGCCGAAGACAGGGGUGAGAAAUUGCCUCAGCUCAUUGUAUUGGGAAACCUGGACCGUGAGUUGAAGGACUCCUAUGACCUCACCAUCAAAGCUGUGGAUGGAGGAAACCCACCACGGUACAGCAGUGCCUUGCUUAGAGUCGUGAUUGCUGAUGCCAAUGACAAUGCACCUAAAUUUGAAAAAUCCUCAUAUGAAGCAGAGGUCUCUGAGAACAGCCCUGUUGGCCACUCUGUACUGCAGGUUAAAGCAAAUGACUCUGACUUGGGCCCCAAUGGAGAGAUUGAGUACACUUUUCAUCAGGCAGUAGACCCUGUGCCAAAGCUGCUGCGGAUUGACCGUUCCACUGGUAUCAUAUAUGUUAAAGGCCCUUUGGAUCGUGAGGAGGUCAAUAGCUUGAAGUUUUAUGUGGAUGCGCGAGACAAAGGACCUACACCCAAAAGUUCCAAGACCUACGUUUCCAUUGAAGUGACUGACCAGAAUGACAAUGCACCAGCUGUGGAGAUCCGUGGCAUAGGUCUGGUUACCCACAAUGAUGGUGUGGCAAACAUCUCAGAGGACAUGCCAGUGGGCACAGCCGUGGCACUGGUGCAGGUGUCAGACAAAGAUGAAGGAGAGAACGCUGUAGUGACUUGUGUUGUAGCAGGUGAUGUUCCAUUUCAGCUACGGCCAGCGAGUGAUUCCUCUGUUGACAACAAGAGAAAAUACUUCCUGCAGACCACUACACCUUUAGAUUAUGAGCGCGUCAGGGACUAUCGAGUGGAGAUAGUUGCAGUCGACUCAGGGAACCCCGCGCUGUCCAGUACUAACUCCCUGAAGGUACAGGUGACAGACACAAAUGAUAACUCCCCAGUCUUUUCCCCCGCCUUAUUUGAAGUGGAGUUUGCCGAGGAGAACCAGCCAGGAGAGAAGGUCCUUGAUGUAAUUGCUUCAGAUGCUGACAGUGGGUCUAAUGCCGAGCUUGUCUACAGCAUUGUUGCAGACUCGACAACUAGGGGUCUCUUCGAGAUUGACCCUAGCUCAGGGGAGGUACGUGCCCGGAGCCCACUAGACAGGGAGCACAAGGAACGAUAUGAGUUUCGUGUCACUGCAGCUGACAAGGGAGUUCCUAGCCAUAUAGGAACAGCCACAGUUGUAGUCAAGGUCCUUGAUCGUAAUGAUAAUGACCCAAAGUUCAUGUUGAGUGGCUAUAGUUUCUCAGUCCUGGAGAACAUGCCUCCUUUAAGCCCUGUUGGCAUGGUGACUGUGCUGGACAUGGACAAGGGUGAAAAUGCCAGAGUGCAACUUUCUGUGGAACCAGAUGGGGGAAAGUUUGUGGUGCAAAAUGGCACAGGAACCAUCUUGUCCAGUAUCUCUUUUGACCGGGAAAAAGAGAGCAGUUACACCUUCCGCCUGAAAGCAGUGGAUGGUGGAGAUCCUCCAAGGUCUUCCUAUGUGGGUGUAACCAUCAAUGUUCUUGAUGAGAAUGACAAUGCGCCUGUUGUUACAAAGCCCUCCAACUCAUCUUUCAGACGUUUGUCUCCCUUAGCUGCUCCAGAUAGUGUUGUGGAAGUUGUGGAGGCAGAGGAUAUGGACUCAGGGUCUAAUGCAGAACUGGUUUAUAGUAUUGCUGGUGGUAACCCGCAUGAGCUCUUUUACAUUUCACCCUCUGAUGGCGAAAUCACUCUAGCUAAGGAGCUAACCCGAAAACACGGUGGCCUGCAUCGCCUGGUGGUGAGGGUGAGUGACAGGGGUAAACCUGCACGACAUGCCACUGCCCUGGUGCACAUCUAUGUCAAUGAGACAAUUGCGAAUGUCAGCCUUGUGGAGGCACUUGUGGGACACAGUUUGUACACUCCACUGGACACAGACAUCGCUGGCGACCCUGACUAUGGCUUAGCUGCCCAGAGAAGCAACAUACUAUAUGGUAGCUUGGCAGGGGUUGCAGGAGUCGUUACAGUUAUUUUAGUGGUAGUGUUUAUCAGACACCGUCUUCAGAGGGAAACCAAAAGUGGUUAUCAGGCUGGCAAGAAGGAAACCAAGGACUUAUAUGCCCCUAAGCAAGGACAGAAGAGCACCAAGGGUAAAAAGGGGAGGAAAGGAAAACCUGCCAAGUCCCCUAAACCUCUUGGAGAAGAAGAGGAGGUCAGUCUGCAGAAGAGUCUGAAGUUCAACCUUGACACAGUCAAUGACAGUCCCAGAAUCCACCUACCGCUCACAUAUCCCCCAGGCAGCCCUGAUCUGGGUAGACAUUAUCGCUCCAACUCUCCCCUGCCCUCUAUCCAACUACAGGCCCAGUCUCCAUCUGCCUCCCAGAAGCACCAGGCAGUUCAAGAGCUCCCUGCCACCAACACCUUUGUGGGAACAGGCGGAGAUGACAACUCUACCGGCUCUGACCAGUACUCGGAUUACAGCUACAAGACCAAUCCUUCAAAGUACAACACUAAACAGCUUCCACAUCGCAGAGUGACGUUUUCAACAGCCAAUCCUGUGCAGGAUCUGCAGGACUCCUCCCAACAAAGUUACUAUGAUAGCGGACUCGAAGAGUCUGAGACCCCCAGCAGUAAGUCAUCCUCUGGCCCUCGCAUUGGACCAUUGGCCUUGCCUGAAGAUCACUAUGAGAGGACCACUCCCGAUGGUAGCAUUGGUGAAAUGGAGCACCCUGAAAAUGACAUCCGUUCCUUGCCUGAUGUUGCUAUGACAGGAAACUGCACUCAGGAAUGCAGUGAGCUGGGUCACUCAGACGCAUGUUGGAUGCCAGGACAGCCCUCCCCAGUCCGCAAGACCAGGAACCCACCCAAACUCUCCACUUUUGUGCCUUACCAGGAGAGAGGGAGCCUUGGACGUCUGGCCAAUGGGAGCGCUAGGCUCGGAGGGGAAGAGCACAGGCCACGCCUUCCACCCUCCCGCAGUGCCUACUCAAGCAGUGAUCACACUCCCAGUCAGGACUGCCCCUUGGAGGAGGUGCCCCUGAGUGUGACCACAGAAUUCCCUCCUACCAGCCCAUCUAGCACCCAUGCCUCCAAAAGAGAGAUAUACCUGUGA